GUUUCCGGGAGCAACGGGCGCCGGGAGCCGCAGGAUGCAGCGGUGGCCAGUGGUGCUUUUCCUGGCCUGGGUUUGCUUUCUCUUUUUUGCUGGUAUCGGGCUCUUCAUGAGUGGCUUUCUGCUCACCCGGAUCGAGCUCGCCAGCAGCAGUUCCUGCUCAGACCCAGUCGUGCCUCCACUUUGGGAGAGGCAGAGCCUCCCGCCAGGCUCCUGCUGGGCUCCCCAACGCUUUUCCAAGGCCGUGCUCGUCAUCAUCGACGCCCUCCAGUUUGAGUUUGCCCGCUUUGACCCCGCCAAGGCCAGCCCGCUGCCCUAUGAGAACAAGCUGGGUGUCCUGCACCAGCUAGCCACCUCCCAGCCCCGCCAUGCCCGGCUCUACCGCUUCCGAGCCGACCCCCCCACGGCCACCAUGCAGCGCAUCAAGGGCCUCACCACCGGCUCGUUGCCCACCUUCAUCGACGUGGGCAGCAACUUUGCCUCAUACGCCAUCCAGGAGGACAACUUGCUGGCACAGCUGGUGCAGAACGGAAGGAGAGUGGUCUUCAUGGGUGAUGACACAUGGGAAGGACUCUUCCCAAAGAAGUUCUUCCGUUCCUAUUUCUUCCCUUCUUUUAAUGUAAAGGAUCUUCACACUGUGGAUGAUGGGAUCCUGCAGCAUCUCUAUCCAACUGUGGACAGCGGUGAGUGGGAUGUGCUGAUUGCUCACUUCCUUGGCGUGGACCACUGUGGGCACAAACAUGGACCCGACCAUCCUGAGAUGGCAAAGAAGCUCACCCAGAUGAAUGAGAUGCUCAGGUCCUUGGUGGAUCACCUGGGGAACGACACUCUUCUUCUGGUGGCUGGGGACCAUGGCAUGACAGAAACUGGAGACCAUGGUGGCGACAGCGAGAAGGAAGUCAAUUCAGCACUGUUUGUGUACAGCAGGACACCCCUGUUUGGCAGCAGCCCUCCAGAGGAGCCUGAAACCAUUCCCCAAGUUAACCUGGUUCCCACUGUGGCCUUGCUGCUGGGGGUGCCCAUCCCCUACAGUAAUAUUGGGGAGGUGAUGGCCGAGCUCUUCGCUGGAGACAAUGAUGCUGUGUCUGCAGCCUUGCAGCAGCUCUCAGUCUAUCACGUCAAUGCCAAGCAGGUGGAUCGCUUCUUGCAGUCCUACUCACUGGUGGCUCAGGACCUGCCAGCAGAGCAGCUCCAGUACCUGCAGGAGCUCUUCUCUAGUGCUGUGGAGGAACACAUGCAGCUCCUGACCCAGGUGCAGGGGACAACAGUGCCCCCAGAGCUCAAGCCGAGGCUGGGAAGCCUCAUUGGUCGCUUCCAGCGCUACUUGCGGGAGGCACGGGCUGUGUGCACCCAGUCCUGGGCCCGCUUCCACCCACUGCGUAUGGUGGGGGGCUGCAUCCUUAUUGCUUCCUCUUGCUUGCUCUGCUACAUGGCCUCAGAGCUGGCCGCAUCCUCACAAUCUCUCUGUCGCAGCUGCCUCCUGUACCCACUCUUCUGGGGCCCUGUGGGGGCUGCUCUGCUAUGGCUGGUCCAUGUUUUCACCCAGGAGGGGCUGGAUCUGCUCCUGGUGUCGUCAUGGGCAGCCGCUGCUUCUCAGCUGGGUUUCUUCUGGCACUGGUGGGGCCGGCAUCUCAAGAAAGCCCGUUUGACAGGCAGUCAGCCACCCUUGGCCAGUGGUAGCCUCAGGCAGAGGCUGCGAGCAUGGCUGGGGCUGGCCUUCCCCAUGGGCAUUCUGUUCUUCCGCUGUGGAGCUAUGUUCUCCGACAGCUUUGUUGUGGCUGAGGCACAGGUGGCCCCGUUCCUGCUGGCCUCUCUGGUGAUGUUGCUAGUAGGGAAGCUCCACUGGGAUGGUCACCUGACUGUGCCAGAAGGUCCCAGGCAGCAGCUCCUUGGCGUUUCUUCUUACCGGAGAGAGAUCUGGUACCUGCUGUGCCUCGUGGCCAUGCUUCUGCUCUGCGUGCGCCUCUCCAGUUUCUUCCACCAGUGCCGCGAAGAAAUCCCUCAGUGCCGGCCCUCUGUUUUCCUCUCCCCACUUGCCAGCCUGAGAAACACACGGGCCAAGAACCUCUUCUACCUCCUGUGCGUGGCCUUGCUGGCUGGGCUGGUGUAUGCAGUACAGAGCUGGCUAAGGCACUACGGCAACCUGAACAGCUCGGACCCCCUUGUGCUCUUCGUGCGCUGGGGUUUCCCACUGGUGGUCCUUUGCAUUGCCUGCUACUGGGCCGUUGCCUCCAGUGCUGAUGAUUCUCUUGGCAAGCUGCAGGAGCUGGUGCAGGUCGCAGUUGUUGUCUUUCCCAGAGCUGUCUAUGGACUAGCAUCCAUGGGACUGCUGCUCCUACUGUGCAAUCCCAUGACAGUGUUUGCAAAGGACACACGGGAGUCAGCAGGAUCCAUUGUCACUCCCUACCUGGGGGUACCUGGCUCCGAAGUCGACUUCCUCCACGUCAUCCCUCAGAUCUACAAGAGGAUGCAGGAAUCUCAGAAGAGGCGGCUGGAGCGGGGCAGCUGCAGGGUCACUGUUGCAGCAUAUGGACUGGGCAGCGUAUACUCAGCAGCCUUGGUCAUAGCCCUCACCCUCCUGGGCUUCCUCUUGAUGCUUCUGCACAGUGAGCGGCUGAGCUUUGCCUUCCUCCUCCUCUUCGUGGAGGCCUUUGUGCUACUGCACAUCCACACGUGUGCCAGAGGCCUUGCCAGAGAUGCUGAGCUGUUUUCAGUGCCGUGGUAUGCAGUCAUCUCCUGGCUCCUUGCUGCUUCACAGUUCUUCUAUUCCACAGGCCACCAGCCUAUCUUCCCAGCCAUCCACUGGAAUGCAGCCUUUGUUGGCUUCCACCUUGACCACAGCAUGAACUUCCUGCCUGCUGUCCUGGUCGGAGCCAACACCUUUGCUUCCCAUAUCCUCUUUGCAGUUGGCUGCCCACUGCUCCUGCUGUGGCCCUUUGUGUGUGAGAUGUCCAGCUCACAGAGGAAGAAGCCCAAGAAGGAGUCCCAGGAGGAGCUGCAGGAGGUGGAGGAGCACAUGAUGGAAAUGAAGCUGCGGGAGUCUCCAGAGGAGUUCUCCACUGCUCUGUUGCGGCUGGGAUUGAAAUACCUCUUUGUCCUUGGGUCACAGCUUCUGGCCUGUGUUUGUGCAGCUAUGAUCCUCAGGAGACACCUCAUGGUUUGGAAGGUCUUUGCCCCAAAGUUCCUCUUUGAGUCGCUGGGCUUUGUGGUGAGCAGCAUCUGCCUCUUGCUGGGGAUCUCCCUGGUGAUGCGUGUGGACUGUGCCGUCAGCACCUGGUUCAGCCAGCUUCGGUUGAGGUAGCCUUGGAAACGUGAGGAGCUUGACCUGCUCGUCGGCCCAGGCUGUGGCUGUCUCCUUGCCUCCCUCGGGCUGGGAGGGAUACACAAGCCGCCAGCAAACGAGUGCCUGCUGACAGCAGUCAGGGAUUAUGCCCAGCUCCCUGCUGCUGUGUUGAACAAAAGGACUGGAGCCAACUGUUCCUGGCUCACGGGGAUGGUGUUUCUCAGCAGGGGAGGUCAGAGCUCUCGCUGGGCCUUUGCGGGCAGCAGGAGGACUCUGCUGCAGGAGCCCAAGAAGCAAGAGUCCUGAAGUGCUCCUCUGGGGAAACACCAACAGGGGUCUUGCUGGUACUUUCCUGCCACAAUGUGCAGCUGGUAGGCUUCAGUGGCCAGCAAGGUGUCACCGUGACUGUACAAAGACUCAUGGGAUGGGGCCGGCUGAGGAGGGAAGAGGAGCUUGGAAGGGGAGGGAAUGUCCCACAGCCACCACUUUGUUUUCACAUGCUUGGUUUUCACACUGGAAUCACACUGCACAUGUUUCCAUGCAGAUGGUUCCUGGAGCCUCGGUGGCAGCUACUUCUCUGUAAAGUCAGUCAGUUGCUCUGUGGUGAGGCCUCUCUUGCCCUACACUCAGUCUCACUAUCCUGGUUCCACUCAGCCCUGUGAAGUGCAGUGGGGAGCACUCUGGGCUGCCUUGUACAGUAGGCUUAGCUUGGGCCAGUGGUAGCAGGGCCAACUGUGUGCAUGACCAAGAAAUUCUCCACUUCUGUUCUCAACCUGUCAGGGUCCCUGUGGGCUGGGUGGUAGCAGCCAAGGCUCUUGAUCUCUUCCUGGGUGUGCUGCUGGAUGCUGGCUGUUGACUCUGAACAGUUUAGAUGCAGGAGGAUGUAGUGACAAAAUAUCCUGGGCCUGGCCAGCAGGAAAGGGGAACCUGGAAUAGCUGUCCCAGCUGCAUGAGUAGCCUUGGUGUGAGCUCCAGAGCCUGAGAACAGCUACUUGAAAGCCUGGAGCAGGCACCAAUUCUUUUGGGAAGUGGUUUACCUUACUGGUGUUUGUGUGUGUGCUGGGUGCUAUGGACCAGAUGCAGUCACUCACAUCCAUGUUUGGGACUUGUCUCCCUCUUGGCCUUGGCAUUCUCUGUAAGACUUCAUGUCACAAGUAAGCUAUGCCAAACGUGCCCUUGACUGCUCACAGUUAGGAGGCACAGUGUUCCUUUCUUUAUGGGCACAGGUAGAGGGUGGUGACCAUGGUGCCUGGCCACAUCCCAGCUCAGUUCCUCCUGCAGUUUCCAUUGGAGCUGGGAUUCCUUACUGCCCUGAACCACUGUGUGGCAUUACUUGGUGCUAUGAACCCUUUUGUCUCUUUCCUCUCUGGAAAGAGAUAAGGACUGCUUGCCUGGGAUUUCUGCAAUGAUAUUUGCCUGAUCCCAUCAAUUUUUAACUCAUGCACCAUGACUGCCCCUGUUUGAGUUCCUUACUUACUGCAGACUGUUAGCAUAACUCCAGGCUCUUCUUCUCCUCUGCCCUGUGGAGUCCCAGGGAAAAUCUCUCUCAUUAUUUAUUUUCUUGACAUUUUUCCCAAGUGCCCAGUUGCUGUGAGUCUUGAGGGCAGGUGGAAUUUUGUAUUUUACCCCUGCAAAAUGCCUGCUCAGUUGUUCAGAUGCAAUUCCAGGAAGGCUUAAACUGUUCCUAUAUUAGGUUUCCAUUGCCUGGCCUGCUCCUGAUCUGCUGGCUGUGCUCUGCUACCUCAGCUUCUCAUGUCCUCUGCUCUAUGGUCCUGCUCAAUUUCACCUGUCACAACCAGGGACUGGUUUGUAAGUGGCAUCACGCCCUGGCCUGCCUCACUGCCUGGAUGCACACCACCAGCGCUAGCAGAAGGAAGAGGUAGUGGCAAACAGCGAGGGAAGCUGAAAGCUACAGGAAUGCAUCAGCCCACAAUUAAAAUGGGCUUAGGCACUCAUACCCUUAAAAAUAGGUUAUUUGCUGAAAGCUGACUGCCUGGUGGCCAUAUGCUUCUGAAGGAACGAGGGGUGCAUCGAUAUGGGGAGGAGGAAGGGGGUGGAGGUAGCAGUUAUCCAGUAAAUUUUCAUUUAAUGUGAGGUUAAUCUGGAUAACACAUGUUGCUAAACAUCAAGACUGGAGCUCAAAUUGAUCUUGUAACCUCAUAACCUGGUCAGGAGCUUUCUGCCUGCCUCUCUUUGUGCUGGCAGAAGUCCCUGUGGCCACUGAUAGUGUAGGACUGGCCCCUGAUGUCCCCACAGCUGCCACCCAGGCCCCUUGGCUUCCAUCUCUGGGACUUGUUUCUCUUUUCACUGGUCACUCCAGUGCAGCUGAGCCUUCCCAUGCCCACUGUUCAGGGUUGGAGCACUCACGUGGGGCUUGGGAAUCCUCUCCUCACCCCUCCAUGCCACGCCUCUGCCAUGUGUGGGCUUGUGGUCCCAGGAGGGCAGGGAGAGCAGAGGGAACUGCAGAGGUGUAGCGUCAUCAAAGGACACACUUAUCUCACCAGAGACUAAACAAAGCUUGCAGUAGAAGGGCUGCGAGUACAUUCUUGUCACUGCAGAGAUGCCAUGGAGUGCUGGCUGCUCGGACACGGCAGACUGGCUGCUACAGCAAAGAUUUCAGAUUCAUGAAGGUUAGUUUCCCAAGGGCUGGAGAUGCUCUAGCUUCUUCUCAUUGACUGUUUCAGUCUUUGUCGGCCUUCUUCAGCUGCCCUCAAGCUGAUUGUUUGGCUGCCAUUCUUCUGAGCAUGCUGGGGAUUACAGAGUUAGUGCCAGUCUAGGGCCUGGUGACCUUGGAAGCAGAUCAUGCUGCUGAUGCUAGAGCAAACAGGACUGUCUUUGUUGAUUUAAAACCCCAGGAGGGGGUUGCCUCCUAGUCCAAACCAAGGCUCUUCGGGAAAUCUGCUGUGCUGGGGAGUAGGUUUUGCCCCACAUCCCUCCAGAGAGGUUGUUGUAGGGCCCCACUUGGCUCUCCUAGAUAAGUUAUUCCAGGCAGUUUAUUUCUGGUCCCUGUGUCCCUCGGCUGAGUGUGACAGGGGAUAGAGUGCUCAGCUGAGCAGUUUUCAUCCUGCACUCCACAGGAGUGCAUUUCUGCACUUCGGGUUUUGCAAGUGUUGUGCAUGUGUUUGUUGGCAGGGGAGAGCCAUUGGGAAACUUCCCUGGCUCAGACCCAUGGUGUGUCCCAUGGUCCUGGCACAGAACAAAAAUUCAAUUGUGUCUCUUCUUUGCUGCCUAGAAAAUAGUGACCAAAAGCUGUGGCCACUGUGAAGAGUUGUGAGUGUUGGGAGCACCUGCAGCUCUGGUCCAUGGGGCUAACAUGGACCCCGAGGGAUGGCACUGUUUUGGGGAGCCCAGGGCUCAUUCUAGCUCUGUUCCCACAGCCAUUCCUCUGUCCCAUCUCUCUCUGGUUUUCCCUCAACUCUUCAGGCUGCUUUUUUAUUCCAAGGGAUAGUCCUAGUCUCAUGUGCAUGUCCCCCUUCCCCUCAGGAAGCAGCAGUGCCAGUGUGUGGGGAGCAGGGCUGGGGAGCCCUGCUCUCUCCUCUGAACCCUGACUUAGUGCACCACGUCGCUUGGAGCAAGAUUGUUGUUUUAUUUUUUAUUAACCUCUUUGUACCUCAGCCCCUCAUUUGGGGAAAAAAAAAAAAAAAAAAGGGGAUGGACCCAGUUGUGGAAAGCAACCUGGGAGCUCUGCAUGCAGCGUGGUGCUACACUUUCCUGUGUAUCUAAAUAUCUGGCUGUCAAUGCUUUCAUUCACAUCCAGCAGCUACACCUGGAAGGUGGAAGCCAUGCUCAUCUCUGCUGGGAAGCAGAGCCUUCUUCUUUUCAAAAAAACCCUCCAAAACAGGCAAGUUGGCUGUACUCGUUCACCUGGCACCCUGGGUGUGGCACAACCGACCCUGUGAGGCAGCCAGGAAGGGGUCGCUCCUUUGUUAAAUUGCAUAAUUAAUUAAUCGGGAGUGGGGGGAGGCGUGCGUGAUUUGCUGUCCGGGGGUGGCACGGGUCUCCGGGCAGCUGUGAAAAUUAUGUCUGCAAAUAAAACGGUGAGAGCCAAGGA